UGAUGGGUUACUUUUCGUUGCACAGCACCAAUAGAGGAAAUCCCUGGACAAAUCUUAAAGUGUUUUCCUUUUAAAGUGUCUUUUUUACUGAACAUAAAAGAGCGGAAAGGUACAAUGCUGGGGUUUCCAGAAAUAUACUUAAGCAUGAUAUUCCUGCUGCAUCUUGUUUGGGGAAGAGUAAUCUACAAUGGAAACGAUGUGUUUUUAGAAGAGAAGUCCGCAGGCUCGUUUCUCUCCCGAACACUGCUGUAUAACAGUUGGGACUUUGAGGUAGUGGUUCCUGACAAUCUAGAGAGAGAAUGCCACGAAGAAAUUUGCUCAUAUGAGGAGGCUAGAGAGGUGUUUGAAGAUGACAAACAGACGGCCACUUUUUGGAAGGACUAUGUCAGUAGUCACGAGACUUUGCCAGUGGUGGAUGUGUCUGGUCUGGUGGCUGGCAUUUUGGCUAUUUUAAUAACAGCCAUUAUAGUCACUGUGCUUGGCAUUUAUUGCUACAAGAACAGAGGCAAAACUGCGAGAGGGGGCAGUGUUCCUGUACAUAUGGCAGUGGAUGGACGUUCAGUACCUGAAUCUGUGCCCUUAACUAAUAUCGUGGCCCCAGGUCUUCCCUCUUACAAUGAGGCUCUGACCCGCAGUGGGCAGCAUGAUGCACCCCCACCUCCUUACUCUGGGGAAGGUCCAUCUGAGCCACCAGAUACUCAAGAUGCUGAUCAGUGACAAAGAGAAGCAAUUGUUUUUAAAAUGGGGGGUGGUAUGGGUUUUACUUGUGAAAAGGGAUUGUAGUGAAGCCACUUUUAUGGUCAUCAGACACAGAGAAAAAAGGACUGUUGACAGCAAGUUUAAUUUCAUUCACAAAUUAGGUCAUUUUAUACCCAUGCCACCACAGUGUGUAUUCUACAGUAAAUGCUUUUAUUUUUUGAGAGCAUAAAACUGUCAGUGUGUGCACUGUCAAUAAUUUCAAAAAUCAGGGUUGUGUUCAAUGUAUAGAGUGCAAUUCAUUAGUCUUGUUAAACGGAAUUAACACAGUUGUGUUACUAAUAAAAAAUAAUACAUGUUUAAA